GUUGAUAUGCGCUCGAACACCUUUGGGGAGGAGGCAGGUCGUCGAAUUUCAGGAGAGGAUUGGCCAUUGUCAUGUGUAUGUACAUCCUUCCGGCCUCGCUUGUACAGUUCUAUCGUCUGCUGCCUACCCCAUGCGGGUUGCUUUCGGACUGAUAGCCGAAGCUGUCAGGCGCUUUCAAGAGAUAUACUUUGGACAGUGGGAGAACCUAACCGUCGAUCAGCCCGAGGGGGCGAAAUUUGCGGAAGAAGGAAGGGAGCUUCUCCAGCAAUACCAGAACCCGGUGGAGGCAGAUCGCAUCCUGAAGGUCCAGCGGGGCCUAGAUGAGGUCAAGGACGUCAUGCUGAAGAACAUAGAUGACCUGCUGCAGCGUGGGGAAAAGCUGGACGAUUUGAUGAAGCGCAGCGAGGAUCUCUCCAACACGUCCUACCAGUUUUACCGACAAGCGAAGAAAAACAAUCAGUGCUGCGCCUGGUACUGA